GUCAAAUACAAGUGCGAGUAUAGUUGAGGCGCACGUGAUAUUGACCGUAAGCACGAUUAUACUGCGCUCGAGCUGAAUAUGUCGACUGCAUGCGUGUUGCAAAACUGCUGCUACUGCUGCUGUUGCGCAAAAGCGUCUCUGCACUCCAUUGUCUUGCAUCUAUUUUUUCGUACAGUCCAAUGAUUCACUCUAUCUUUAUCAUCAACCGCUCUGGCGGACUUAUUUACAACAAGAACUACAGCAACAAUAUUGCGCAGCUAUCGUCCAACGAGGCUCUGAUUUUUGCGGGCACAUUCCACGGCAUCCACGCGCUGGCGUCGCGCAUAUCCCCGGCCACAAAGGCAAGAAACAAUACGAUUAGGGACAGCGGGAUUGAGACCAUUGACACAAGGAACUUUCGCAUACAUUGCUUCCAGACGCCCACGGGCAUCAAAUUCAUCGCAGUGAGCGAUGUUUUAGAGACGAGGCUCUCAGACGUCCUAAGCAAGGUGUAUGUUUUGUACAGCGAUUACGCGCUCAAGAACCCGUUCUACAACCUGGAGAUGCCCAUUCGGUCAGAGAUGUUUGAUGUGCGGCUGUUGCAGCUGGUGCACGCGCACUAGUUUUUUUUUGCUUUAAGAUAGCAAUGCCUUAACGAAAUACAUCUAUAGUAACAAAAAUACGAGUACAAAAA